GAACGCGGAGCCGACUCGCAGGCCGUGUCGCGCUGUCAGUGCGCCUGCGCUUGGGCUCGGCCGCGGUUCUUGACUGUGCCGCGCCGGGCGCUGGGAGCAGCCAUGCAGAGAGCCGACUCGGAGCAGCCCCCCAAGCGGCCCCGGUGCGAUGGCAGCCCGAGGACCCCGCCCAAGACCCCUUCCGCCGCGGCGGAGAGGUCCCCGGGCCCCGACCUCACUUCCGACCACCAGACCUGGGGCCCGGAGCAGGUGUGCUGCUUCCUAAAGCGCAGUGGCUUCGGUGAUCCCGGACUGCUGGAACGCUUCCGAGAAAAUGAAAUCACGGGUUCAUUACUGCCCUAUCUUGACGAGUCUCUUCUUGAAGAGCUUGGAAUAAGUUCCUUGGGGGAGAGAAAGAAGCUGCUUUAUUUUAUCCAACGACUGAGCCAAAUUGAUCUUGAUACUAUGAAGGUAAUUAAUGAUCCUAUCCAUGGCCACAUUGAACUCCACCCUCUCCUCAUCCGAAUCAUUGACACACCUCAAUUUCAGCGGCUUCGAUAUAUUAAACAGUUGGGAGGCGGUUACUAUGUUUUUCCAGGAGCUUCACACAAUCGAUUUGAACAUAGUCUCGGUGUAGGAUAUCUAGCAGGAUGUCUGGUUCGCGCCUUACGUGAAAAACAACCAGAGCUGCAGAUAAGUGAACGAGAUAUGCUCUGUGUUCAGAUUGCUGGGCUUUGUCAUGAUCUUGGUCAUGGGCCAUUUUCUCAUAUGUUUGAUGGAAGAUUUAUUCCACUUGCUCGCCCAGACAUGAAAUGGACGCAUGAAGAGGGCUCGGUUAAGAUGUUUGAGCACCUGGUUAAUUCUAAUGGACUCAGAGCUGUCAUGGAACAUUAUGGUCUCAUCCCUGAAGAAGAUAUUUGCUUUAUCAAGGAACAAAUUAUGGGACCACUUGAAACACCUGUCAAAGAAUUCUCGUGGCCGUACAAAGGGCGUCCUAAAGAGAAAAGCUUCCUUUAUGAGAUAGUGGCUAAUAAAAGAAACGGCAUCGAUGUGGACAAAUGGGAUUAUUUUGCCAGGGACUGCCAUCAUCUUGGAAUCCACAAUAAUUUUGAUCAUAAGCGCUUUCUUAAGUUUGCCCGUGUCUGUGAAGUAGACAAUAGGAAGCACAUUUGUACUAGAGAAAAGGAGGUGGGGAAUCUGUAUGACAUGUUCCACACACGCAACUGUUUGCACCGUAGAGCUUAUCAACACAAAGUUGGCAACAUCAUUGAUACAAUGAUUACAGAUGCUUUCCUCCAGGCAGACCCCUACAUAGAGAUUACAGGUGCUGAAGGAAAAAAGUAUCAUAUUUCUACAGCAAUUGAUGACAUGGAAGCCUUCACUAAGCUAACAGAUAACAUUUUUCUGGAGAUUUUAUACUCUACUGAUCCCAAAUUGGAUGCAGCACGAAAGAUUUUAAAAAAAAUUGAAUACCGUAAUCUAUACAAGUAUGUGGGUGAGACUCAGCCAGUGGGACAAACAAAGAUUAAAAGGGAAAGCUAUGAAUGCCUUCCAAAAGAGGUUGCCAGUGCUAAACCCAAGGACGUGUUGCUAGAAGCUGAACUGAAGGCUGAAGAUUUCAUAGUGGAUGUUAUCAACAUGGAUUAUGGAAUGGAAGACAAGAAUCCUAUUGAUCAUGUUCGCUUCUAUUGUAAGAGUGACCCCAGCAAAGCAAUCAUGAUUACUAAAAAUCAGGUUUCACAACUUUUGCCAGAGAAAUUCGCCGAGCAGCUGAUCCGAGUGUACUGCAAGAAGACGGACGCCAAGAGUCUGUUCGCCGCACGACAGCAUUUCGUCCAAUGGUGCUUAGUCAGGAAUUUCACCAAGCCGCAGGACGGAGAUGUUGUAGCCCCACUAAUAACACCUCUAAAAAAGGAGUGGAAUUGCACGGAUUCAGCCCAGAGUCCAGCUCGCAUCCGAGAAGCAUCCAGAUUGAGAGUCCGGCUUUUUCCGGAUGACUCGUGAAUGUCUGCAGUCGGUGUUUACAAAAAACCCUCUCCCCUUCCCCAACACAAUUAACUAAUUUAGGGAAUUCACUCAUAGAGUUCUACAAAUUUAGUGACAACUAGUGCUUUUUAUUCUAUGUUUUGAAUGUACAUACAUGCUGAGGCCAAGCAAUUAUUUUUGAGGUAACACUGGUUUACAACAUUACUGAGGUUUCAGGUGCGCAGCCUUAUAAUUCGACAUCUGCAUGGACUACGUUGUGCUCACACCGAGUCCAGUUUCCGUCCGUCACCAGACACUCGACCUCCUUCACCCGUUCCGUCCUCCCCCAACCCCUUCCCCUCUGGGAACCACCACUCUGUUAUCUGGGAAGCAAAGUAAUUUUUAUUCAAAGAAACAAAAAAGUGUUAGGUAAGUCUUGCUAUACAUGCUAUGAAAAGCAUUACCUUGCCUAUUUUUAGUAUUAAUGAAAGCCUUCUCCUUUAGUAGUCUAUUUUCUUAGGAUAACAAUUCUUUUAUGUACUCUGAGCUCUUAUGACGUAUGAUUGUUUUUAAAAAAAAAAAAAUUGGAAAUGAGACAAGGGUGCACAUUGGAAUUUGAAAUUGGGAUUGUCAUGAACAGCCAGGGUUAAAAACAAAAUAGAACACCCUGGCUCCCUGAGAAGGUGCCCGUCACCCUGAAUUUGAGGACAGCUCUCCUGGGUGAGCUCAGCGUCAAUGAAAGGCAGCUUCCCCCAGCCCUUCAGCCAGGUUGGGGCAAACAGGAGGGGAUGAGGGCCAGAGUUGGUUCCAGCUCUUCGGUGAGAGGCCUGAUUACUUUACUGAAAAGAUCUGAGGGCUGUGGCCUCCUCUGAAGCGGGACAUAAAGCUACCUUUGAGGAGACCCCUCCACUAGUGACAGAGGGACCCCCAAACCAGGCUGCUCUCGGGGUCAGCCUGGGCUCCAGACUGGGCAGUUUUUCUCCGGAAUAUUCACUGCCAGGUCCCUAGGGCUUUACCCCUGCCCAGCCUGGAGGAGGCGGCUCCCCUCAGGCAGCUCUCUGCAGCCCCUGUGAACUGAUCAGAGGCCGUCAUGGCAGCCAUCCUUGGGGCCACUCAGAGCUGGGACUGUCCAUUUUAUGGCUUUGGAGCAAAGACUGAGCUGCUCUGCCGAGAUGAGUGAACCCAGUGAAUUCCAGGCUCCCCUUUGUAACUUGAUGUCCCCAGCACCUGCUCUUUACCUCCAGCAGUGGAGUGGGCACCUCUGUGGCUGAGCACUGUUCCUGUGCCCAGGGCAGCCCCCGCUUCCCCCCAAACAUCCCCAGUUCUACAGAAAUUCGCCAAGAACAGUCUGGAGUUGGAGUCAAAGCAGUGCCUCCAGAGCAUACAGUGGGGAGAACUGUAGGGCUCAGCUUUCGUGUGCCCAGACCCAAGGUCAAGAAUGUAAUUUUUUUCUGCUAAGAUUGUUUUAUUUCUGCAGCUCCUACCUUUAAAUCAUUGUGGUUUACUCUGCUAUUUUGUGUCCCGACAUUGUAUCAUUGUGCUGUCUGAGAAACAACUUGAAUGUAUUUUGUUGGCAUCUUCUGUUACAUAUCAGGCAGCUGCACUCUGCGCGCUUUGCAACUGUUUUAAUUAUGAGAACCCUGUGCGGUUUACAAGGUUACAUUUUUCUUAAGAAACAUCUUCACUAUUUGUAUAAAAACAAAGGCUUGAACAGCUUAGUCUCCAGAGUUACUGAACGGUGUCGCCUUGAGAAUGUAAACAGAACUGCGAGUUUAAGUGACGGGUUACUCCGUUUGGGUUGGGGGAACAGCUGCAAUAAAGCCUCGUCCAUCUGGAAA